GGAGCUAGAGGGAAGUUGUUGGGAUUCCGUUCCCUCCUGAGGAUGCAAUCCAGGUCCAGCUCAACUUCAACCUCUGAGGCAUCCGAAGCCUCCAGGCAGCGGAUCAUUCUAGAAGCUCUGGGCCUCUCCGACGGCGAGAAUGAGGCGUUAGAGCCUAGCCAUCCUGAGCCCGAUCCAGUUCCUCAGCCGGAAGUUAGAGAUGCCUCUAUUGCAUCCAGCGUCAGCGUGGCAGAGGAGAUCACAAGCCAGAGAUCGCUGAGGCAUCUGAAUGCCAUACUGACUGAGAUGGCGGUGGACACAGAUGCGAAGCAGCAUGCCGAUCCGGGAAGUGCACGAACGCCAGACGAUCCCGGUCCCAGAGCAAAGGAAAGUUUCAGCCAGGUGCAAGAUCUUGUUGCAGCUUCUGAAGAUGUUCAAGACAGCCAGCCGGAGGUCGAGCAGCUGGAGGAUCGUGUCGGCAUCUUCUCCGCGGACGAGAUCAGCACGGAAGGGGGGUACAGCUUGGCCGCAUGUGAUGCCACCAUGGAGGAUCCUUGCCUUUGGCUCGCGGACAAGAGCCUUGACCCGUUGCUGGCAUUGUUGGCUAGCGAGGUGAAACCCCAGGAGAUCGGAAAGCCACAGAUUCCCAGGGCCGUCCUGGACCGGGCUGUUUGGGAGCUCAGCCGGGAACAUGAAGAGCUCCUCCGAAUUGCAGAUCAGCAGGCCUCCCUUUCGCGGCUUUGCGCUGAGGGCGAGGUGGCGAAGUGGCGUCGCCGUGUCAAGGCGCUGCAUCGCCAAAUGGCACCUAGCAAGAAGCUCGAGGCACAGGAAGCUGUGUCUCGAGCUGCCGGAAUUGCAGGCGGAGAUACCCUCCAAGCCUGCCUGAAUGAGGUGGCACAGAAAAACCACCAAAUGCACGACAUUAUCUCGCAACGCUGCGCAAAGGCGCGUGAAGCAACCCAACAAGACGCUCGCCGUGCAGCUGAUGAAAAUGCCAACGAACCGGUGACAAGUCGCCUCCUGAUGGAGAGCCACAGACCGGAGUCGGAGGUUUUCAGCUUGGGCCCGAGUGUGCAAGAGCUGCAAGGCUCUGGCGACACUGUUGGAGUCGCUGACAUACGACAGCGGUUGUCAGUCUUGCGCUCACGAGCACAUGCCUGGGGAAAUGCUUGA